GAAACUGUCACUUCAGAAGAUGUGUCCGGCAGACAAGAAACUGGAAGAAAAAUUUAAAAAGCUACUGGCGAGCUUCGAACUGUGCCAUAGGGAGGCCAAGGUCAUGAAAAAUGGUCUUCAACAGUGUAAAGCUGAGGUCUCCGCAGCCAAGGAACACGCAGCUAUUCGUCAAGCAAUUACACCGGAACCUCAAGAAAGGAAGCUGGAACAUUGUUUCGUACCGGAAAUGGACUGUUACACUGGGUACGGCCAUUACUACCGCGGGACCGUGAACGUCACCGAGAGAGGGUACCCCUGUCAGUUGUGGGAGGCACAGGAACCACGACGUCACGACAGGACUCCCCAGAACUAUCCACAUGACGACCUGGCGGGACACAACUACUGCAGGAACCCAGACUGGGGCAGGAAGCCCUGGUGUUACGUGGCCCAGCCGCCCCCAGCCCCGCGCUGGGAACAUUGCGUCGUGCCGGCAUGCCCUACUGCAUGAUUACAGAAGGCACUACUUGCAAGCACCCAGAUGAUCAGAUGUUCAAGUCAUUUCCUGUCAUCUAACUGUUAUAUACGCAUGGCGUCAUUGAUUUGAAAUUUUGAAAAAAUGAAACUUUAAAGUUAAGGCUGUUAGUAUAAAAUUGACAAAAUUUGUGUAUUGCCCAGGAAACCUAAUUAUACAUAACAUUCAUGGAAAAGGCAUUGCUUAUCCUUGAAAUGAUAUUGACGAAAAUUUGCUUUCGUUGAUAAUUUCAAUGAGAACAAGCUGAUAUU